AACAACUCAGCAACUCUCGCUCACGCGUUUCCCUCGCCUAAUGUGUGUAUUGAGGCCCUGCGAACGAAUCUCAUCGUAAUCGUCUUCAUCGCGUCUCUUUCCCGAUUCAAUCCAAUUUUUUAUUUGAUUCGCUUCCUUCCCUCCCUCCCUCCAUCUCAAUCCGUAGAAUACAUCCUUUGAAUUCGCUUUGAGUCAUUUACUGGUCUGUGCUAUAUGGAUCAUUGGUUGGUGACGAUAUAGACGAGUUUAGAGAAAAUAUGGCACACCAGGAUGAUCAUUCUUCCUUUGGGUUUUGGUCCAGUGACGUCGAUGGCGUCAGUUACAUUCAGCUUCACAAGUUCUGGAGUGAGCUGUCUCCGAAAUCUAGGCAGGAGCUUCUGAGAAUCGAUAGGAAAAGCUCUCUUUGAGCAGGCUCGCAAGAACAUGUGCUGUUCUCGAUGCCAUGGUUUACUUCUUGAAGGCUUCUUGCAGAUUGUUUCAUUGCAACAGAAAGGAUCCAAAGAUCGAAACAACAACAACUCAGCAGUUCUCGAUGCCACGGUUAAUGCCACGGUUGACAUGUGGAAGUUAACAAAUCGGCAGUGGCAGCGGACACUAGACUACAUACGAAAGUUACGGAUUUUUGGUCAAAAGACCUCCCAGGCCUAUAUGUUGGUGCGUUCGGACCUUAUGGCACUAAGUAUGGCCACUGGAAUGAUGGAGAUGAAAGUGACUCAUUGGAUAUUGAGUUCUUUGAAUAUGUUUAGGCUGUGAAGUUGACAGGGGAUCCAAAUGUGACAUUUCGUGCAAGGCUUGGGAAGGGGAGUCUCAUGAGGGAUCGUGGAAUGUACCCAGAGGAAAUGGGAGUGCUUGCGAGUUACAUGGGAGAAGGAAGAAUAGCAGAAGUUUGUUUUUUUUACAAACAAGUCCAGAAGUUCCUCCAACUUUUGACAAGUGGCUAAUAACCGGCGGAUCUACGUUCGUUAUGUUUUUUUGGUUAUCUUGGGCGUAUCAUUUUCUAUAAUAACUUAUGCUUUAUGAGUUGCAGGGUCCCUAAUCCUUCAUUUAAACGCUCAAAUUAAUAUCAACUAGAUUUUAACCCGCGCAACCGCGCGGGAUUUAUUUUCAUAUUUAUAUACAUAUAUAUUAGUUUUAUAUCAUUAAUU